GAGCAAGCGAAAUCCAAAUAUUCCAUGCUACAGUUCGAUAUCACUUGACCUUCAGGUGCUAGAUACGAGAACUUUUGGCCACGCCCUCGGAAACAAUCUACAGGCAGGUAACACGCCCUUGAGCCGCCCUCCCAUACCAGAUACUCUCAGCACUCAAAUUGAUGCCACGCACCGGGCAGAUCUGGUUCCCAAAGCCCCCCAAUAUGGAAGAUCCAGAUUACAACAUCAUGAUGUGUCCACCUCCAGGCGAUGAUGCAGCCCCCCACGGCUUUCCAGCAGAUCCUCGAGCCCCCGAAUCGCCGAAAAAAAUAUUCAGAGAUGCCAUGGAAGUCCGCAUCAAAGUCUUCUGCGACGAGCAAAAAUGUCCACUGGAGGCCGAACUAGAUGAAGAUGACCUUCGGUCAUGGCAUUGGAUCGUCUAUGGGUGGGACCCGGCUGGUGAGAUUACGCCAGUUGCUUGCCUACGGAUCGUUCCUCCGCCACAUCUUCCUCAUCCAAAUGGUUUCAGCGACCCGGAUGAAAAGCCAUACGUAAAGCUUGGGCGUGUCGCAACAUUGCCCGAGCACAGGGGCAAAGGUUUGGGCCGGCGUCUGACCGAGACAGCGCUCCAGUGGUCCUAUGCUAAUUCACUUGCGAUACAUCCGGAGUGGGAUGGCCUUGUGCUCGCCCAUGCUCAAGUCGCAGUGGAGAAAAUGUACGAGAAGUUGGGGUUUGUGACUGACGAAAGAUUGGGGCGUUGGGAUGAGGUAGGCAUCGAACAUCUCGGGAUGUGGAGGCAACUAAGGCACACGGACGAGUAGGGGACAAAAAUGGUGGCUCCGGGGGGAAUCGAUUGUUCUGCUUCAUGCGGCCUCCUGCUUAGUCCGAGGCGUACUGGACUUGACGGGCCGUGAACUAUUGACGUGAGUGUCCUGGUGAUUGCAUAAACCCGUUCAUUAGCAGCUUUACCA